AUAUGCAUAUCUCUGAUCUCUCAUAUAUAUCUGCGACAUCGUCUUGGUGAGAGUAGUAGACAUAAGACAUGGGUGCUCUUGAUUCUCUUUCUGAGUAUAUCUCCGACUACUUCCGCGUCUCCAGAAAUAGGAGGAAGCGUAAAGUCAUGCAGACGGUGAAUAUAAAGGUGAAAAUGGACUGCGAUGGUUGUGAACGCAGAGUCAAGAACGCGGUUUCCUCCAUGAAAGGGGUGAGAUCGGUGGAGGUGAACAGAAAGAUACACAAAGUGACGGUGAGUGGAUACGUGGAACCGAAGAAGGUCUUAAAGAGAGUCGAAAGGACAGGGAAAAAGGCGGAGAUAUGGCCGUACGUUCCCUACAACAUGGUCGCAUAUCCAUACGCAGUCGGAACUUACGACAAAAAAGCUCCGGCCGGUUAUGUCAGGAAAUCUGAGCAGUCGCAGUUGCAGCUGUUGCCGGGAGCUCCCGACGACAACUUCGUUUCUCUUUUUAGCGACGAGAAUCCCAACGCUUGUACCGUUAUGUAAUAAUAGUUUACUCUAGUAACAUGUAACGUUGUAUCAAGCAAUUGGCUCUUUCUCUCUUUUGGUAUGUGUAUGCAUAGAGGAAGAACCAACAUGUAACUUGUGUAAAAAUUUCAAAAUAAGUUAGUGGAAUAUGUAUAAUCAAUGUGUUUUAUAUAAAAGUAUUUUCGAGUG